AGAAUGGAAGAUCCUCGGGGAACAGGCUGAGCUUUAAGAAAGAAAGAGACUUAGAAAUUUAAGUGUUCUUAUAAAAUAAAGAUUACAGUUUUAUUUGAUUUGAGAAUCAUAUCUCCAACGUUAAAUAAAUUCGAAUUUCUUCUUUUCAGGUUCGUACAACAGGUCCUGUUGAUGCUUUGACUAAUCAGCCAGUGAAAGGUCGUCGUCGUGAAGGUGGUAUACGUGUUGGUGAAAUGGAACGUGAUGCAUUGUUAGGGCACGGUGUGGCUGGUAUUCUCUUGGAUCGCUUAAUGCAUUGUUCAGAUGAAACUAAAACAUUUAUGUGCUCGAACUGUGGUUCUCUAUUAUCUUUGAUAAGAACAAAAGAUUUUCUCUGUCACUAUUGUCUAAAAUCAGAUUGUAUACAACGUGUAACAAUACCUUAUGUUCUACAAUAUUUAGUUAGUGAAUUAGCUUCAGUCGAUAUUAAAUGUGUUUUUGAUACUGAAUCUGUUUCAAAACAGCUUUUGUAA